AUGGCGAACACGGAGGCCACAAUAAACGAGUUAAGAGAGCAACUGCAGCAACUUCAACUAGUAAACGCACAGGCAACAGCUGCAAAUUUUCAAAACUUAGCUCAAAUCGUCAUCCCAAAAUUCAACAAAUCGAAUCCGACACUUUGGUUCACGCAACUAGAGCGCCUCCUUAGUUUACACAAUGUGGUACGCGAGGACAACAAGUUUGACCUGGUGUUAGUACAACUGGAGGAAGAUGCAGCCCGUGCAAUCGAAGAUCUCAUUACUCGGCCACCUACUGACAACAAGUACGACGCAAUGAAGCGUCGGCUGCUCGAAACUUUCGGCGAAUCAGAGGAUUCGAAAAUGAGACGACUCCUCCGGGGUGGCGACAUGACUGGGAAGAAGCCUUCGGAGAUCUUGACUCACUUGCGUCGCUUAGCACCUGCUAGUGGGUGCGAAGCCGUAAUACGAAACCUUUUCUUCACUGAGUUACCUUCGUCGAUUCGCCCACUCAUUUCGGUUUGGGAGGAGAACGACCUGGACAAGCUGGCAAAGAUUGCCGACAAGAUGCUCGAAAACAGCGCUAUCGACUCAAUAGGUGUUAUGUCGACUCAACCCAAGCCCGCUGAGCAAAGGCAGCACAGCGUGGAGGCGGUAAGUAGCAACAAUCCAAAUUUAAAAGACGUUGCUGCUGCUCUGCAUAUUCUAACGCAGAAGGUGGAUAAGCUACAACACGACAUGCACGCCGCCAAGAAGCCCAAGGUUCCUCAGCCACUGGUAGGCGGUAGCAUCUCAACGACCAGCGACAUGUCCUCCGGGAAUCACGAUCACCGACUGCACAUCCAAGAUCAAAACACUAGUCGGACCUUUCUCAUCGAUUCCGGAUCGGUGGUGUCAGUUAUACCCUGCGCCAUGGCUCAACGCAAACUUAGAGAAAGUAAACAGGAAUUGUAUGCCGCGAACCAGACUACCAUACGAACCUUUGGACAUCAGGACCUGGAACUCGACCUGGAUCGUUCCUUCAAAUGGUCAUUUGUCGUCGCUGAUGUACAAUCGGCAAUAAUUGGCGCUGACUUCCUAGCACAGUUCCAUUUGCUCGUUGACAUCAAGAAACAACGUCCUACCAACGGCACAAGCAUAUCCGUAAUAUCGCAGGAUUUUGCUUCGCCAAAUGACGAUAAAACGGAGCAAGGCGAGCACCUACACAUCGACAACAUGAACGCAUCCGAUUCACUUUCAGUUCGCCACUACAUAACAACAACUGGAGCACCCGUAGCAGAUCGGCCCAGGCGACUCAUGGGAGAGAAACUAUCUGUGGCUAAAGCACAGAUACAUCAACUAAUCGACAACAAAAUCUGCAGAUACUCCAAAAGUUCAUGGGCCAGCCCGUUGCACAUGGUAGCAAAAAGCAGUGGUGGAUGGCGGGCUUGCGGCGACUAUCGCAAGCUUAAUGCCAUCACCGUUCCAGAUCGUUACCCGAUUCCCCACAUUCACGAUUUUGCCCACCGACUAUAUGGCAAAAGCGUUUUCACUACACUAGACCUCGAACGAGCAUACUAUCAAAUACCGAUGGCCCCAGAGGACAUCGAAAAAACAGCGGUAUGCACACCUUUCGGGCUAAUUGAAUUCGUAAAAAUGCCAUUUGGACUGAAAAAUGCGACACAAACGUUCCAGCGUUUCAUGGAUCAGAUCUUCCAAGCGGUUGAAUACGUCUUUUGCUGCAUUGACGACAUUCUCAUAAUGUCCAACUCAGUGGAGGAGCACAGACAACAAAUCUACAAAUCUUAA